CCUGUAAAAACACAACCGCAGAAAAGUCUCUCGGCAGUGGGUGAACGGAGCCGUUUCACAGCUAUCAUGUGAUCUGAUGGACACCUCGAGGCCUUAGACUGCGCCUGAAACACACACACACACACACACACACAGAAUGAAAAUGCUGGCUCUGCUGUGCUUCUGCUGGGUUUCUUUACUCGGUGUCUCCGGGUUCAAUGUGUUGAGCUGUAGAAACUCGUCGGUCACAUUAAACGUGGUUCUGCUGGAGGACGAAAACUCGCCCUGGAGCCUGAAGUUCGUGAAGGAUGUGGUGGAAACGGCGGUGGAGGACCAAAACAACAAGAACCACGCUGAAGGUCUGGACUUCCACAUUAAGGUUCUGUUCAGCGGCUUCAACACCACUCAUUACCGGCGCCGGGGCUGUGGCAGCAGUACAUGUGAAGCGGUGGAGAUCCUCAAAUCUCUGCACAACAACAGUGAGCUGGGCUGUGUGAUGCUGGGGCCGUCCUGCACAUACGCCACCUUUCAGCUGGUGGAUCAGGAGGUGGGUCUGACUCUGACCAUCCCCAUCAUCUCGGCGGGCAGUUUCGGUCUGUCCUGCGACUAUAAGCAGAAGCUCACCCGUCUGCUUCCUCCGGCGCGCAAAAUCGCAGAGUUCUUCUUCCACUUCUGGCACACGUCUGUCAAGAAUCUGAAGCCGGCGUGGAAAACUGCCUAUGUGUAUAAAAAAGACAACUACACAGAGGAAUGCUUCUGGUACAUCAAUGCUCUGGAGGCUCCGUCUGCUCUCUUCUCCUCCAACAUUUCCAGAGAGAUGCUGAGGAGUGAGUCUGAGCUGUCGACAGCGCUGAAGAGAAAAGACCGACACAGCAACAUUAUCGUCAUGUGUGGGACUCCAGAUGACAUUUACACCAUUAAGAAAAACAACACAGUUCCUUCUCAGGUGGUGUUCAUCCUGAUCGACCUGUACAAUGAGGGUUACCGCACCAAUGAGUCCAGCCCUGCACACAUGAGGAACGUGCUGGUGCUGACCAUGCACAGCUUCAGGAACUACUCCAGCAACAGUGUCUGGAGGAACAACACUACGGUUAGUAUUGGUGGAUAUUAUAAACUAGACAGCAGUGGAGAUCGAGAUCUCAAUCUGUCUGUGGUUUACACAACCGGCUCAUACAAGUACCGGACGCUGUUUUCUUUCGACACGUCUCAAAACAGGACGAAGGUCAAAGACAGCAGUCCGGAUCUGCCCUGGGACCGAUCGCAGCUGCCCCGCGAUAAACACACCGGGAUGGAGAUUCAGGAGAUCAUGAUGAUUGUUCUGGGUCUUAGUGUUGUCUUGGCCACUGUCAUCGCCUUCAUCCUCUACAGGCAGAACCGGCGCGUUCGUUUCGAUCAGAAGAAAUGGUCUCACAUCAGCUCGUCUCUCAUCACACCGCUGGACGAUAAAGAGAGAAACUACAUCAGUCUGACGAUCGAUGAAGAUAAGAAAGGCGACAACAGCUCCCUGAUACGCAAAGGCCGAUAUGAUAAAAAGCCAGUAAUCCUGAAGGAGUUGAGAAACACUGAUGGAAACUUCACAGAUGAUCAGCGCAUCGAGCUCAACGCGCUGCUGCGGAUCGAUUAUUAUAAUCUGACCAAGUUUUACGGGACAGUGAGGUUCGACUGCGGUGUAUUCGGGGUGUUCGAGUUCUGCGAGAGAGGAUCGCUGAGGUAUGUGCUGGAUGAUAAGAUCUCUUAUCCUGAUGCCAGUUUUAUGGAUCUAGAGUUCAGGAUUUCCGUCAUGUAUGACAUCGCCAAGGGCAUGUCGUACCUGCACUCCAGUAACGUGGGUGUUCACGGCCGCCUCAAAUCCACCAACUGUGUGGUGGACAACCGUAUGGUGGUGAAGAUCACCGACUUCGGCUGCAACACCAUCCUGUCGCCGGGCAAAGACCUGUGGACGGCACCGGAGCACAUGCGUGUCGAAGGUAUUUCCCAGAAGGGCGACGUCUACAGUUUCGCCAUCAUCUCACAGGAGAUCAUCCUGAGGAAGAGUCCGUUUCACACCAGCUGCUGCUCCGACAUGGCAGAGAAACUCUACCUUGUUCAGUAUCCACGGGGGCCGAACGUCUUCAGGCCUGAUCUGAGUUUUGAGGGUGUUGGAGAGACCGAAGCAGAGCUGUUUGUGCUGAUCAAGAGCUGCUGGGAGGAGGAUCCAGAGAAGCGGCCAGACUUCAAGAGGAUUGAAGGAGCUCUGGGGAAGAUCUUUAGUAACCUCCACAACCAGGCUAAUGCCAGCUACAUGGAUAACCUGAUCCGCCGACUGCAGAUGUACUCCAGAAACCUGGAGCACCUGGUGGAGGAGAGAACCGCUCUGUACAAGGCGGAGCGAGACCGAGCCGACCAGCUCAACUUCAUGCUGCUGCCGGGGCCGGUGGUGCGCUCUCUGAAAGAGACGGGUCGGGUGGAGCCAGAGUUGUACGACGAGGUCACCAUCUACUUCAGUGAUAUCGUGGGCUUCACCACCAUCUGCCACCACAGCACACCCAUGGAGGUGGUGGACAUGCUCAAUGACAUCUACAAGAACUUCGACAGCAUCCUCGACCACCACGACGUCUACAAGGUGGAGACCAUUGGUGAUGCGUAUAUGGUGGCGUCCGGUCUGCCGAGGUGCAACGGGAACAGACAUGCGGUGGACAUCUGUCUGAUGGCUUUGGACAUCCUGGAGUUCAUGGGGACGUUUCAGCUCAGACAUUUGCCAGGAAUCCCACUGUGGAUCCGAAUCGGGAUCCAUUCAGGUCCGUGUGCCGCUGGAGUAGUGGGUAAUAAGAUGCCGCGGUACUGUCUGUUUGGAGAUACGGUCAACACGGCGUCACGAAUGGAGUCUACAGGCCUGCCUCUGAGGAUUCACGUGAGCGAGUCCACCAUCAAGAUCCUGCAGAGAACAGACUGCGAGUUCGAGUGUGAGCGCAGAGGAGAAACUUUCCUCAAGGGUAAAGGGAAGGAAAUGACUUACUGGUUGACUGGAGUCACGGGGCAGAAAUACAGCCUGCCGACACCACCAACAGUAGAGAACUUCCAGCGUCUGCAGCAGGAUCUGGCCGAGCGGAUCGUCUCCACACUGAACAAACGAGGGAACGAGCGGCGGAAAACACUCUCCACACGCCAGCGCAGAACACACACACACAUACACACACACAGCGGUGACGGACAGCCAGAGUACCUGCACCUGACGGACCCUACCACAUUUCUGUAAAACACACACACACACACACACACACACACCACCACCACCAAAUACCUGUAGAACACACACAGACACACACAGACACACACACACACACGGCCCGUAUGUAUCUGUAUCAGUAUUCCCCCUCCUCUGUAUCUGCUCUGAUGUGUGUGUGUGAUGUGUGUAUCGUCUCUGCAUCUGUUUAUUGAGCUGAAUGAUGUACAGGACUGCAGUACAGUAUGACUUCAUCUGAACAGACGAGAGCAGCUGCUGUAUUUACACCUUUAUUAAUCAAACCUGCUUAUUUAUACACCAAUAAAGUGAUCAUACAAAUGA